UAUACACUUGUGCAUAUUAAGGAGGAAUCAUCUUCUGAUGGAGAUUGGAAUCUUGCAGACACCGAUAUGUACAGACAUACAAAGUAUACACCUACACAUAAUGUGGAAGCAGAACAGAGUUAUUUUGAUACAGGAACAUUUGGGAAAACUGACAUUGUUUGUGCCCCCACAGAACAUAUACAUACACAAUUCACAACAACGUCUAAAGACCAACCCACUGGUAUGAACACAAUCGCAUACACCCUACCAUGUAUAUACCCACAGAACACAAAAAUACAGAAUAUCUCUAUAAUAUUAACGAAAACCUGAGCCAAUGUAAUUUUACAGAUAAGACAUUUUCAAUAAGAAGGCGUGUUAGGAGACGUAAAAAUGUUCUCAACAUAUCAUGUGAUCGAGACGCAGUAUAUGCAGAAGGAAUGUAUAAUUGCACCGAGUGUGGGAAACGUUUUCCUGAAAAUAUAGAUCUUGUUAAACACCAAAAAAUCCACAAAGCGAAGAAGCUCAUUUGCUCUGACUGUGGAAAAUGGUUUAACUGUACUGCACAUCUCAUAACACACCAGAGGAGUCACACGGGAGAGAAACCAUUUUCAUGUCCUGACUGUGGGAAGAGUUUUUCCAAUAGCUCAUAUCUUGUUGUACAAAAACCAUUCACAUGUGCUGACUGUGGGAAAUGUUUUUCCAAUAGCUCGUAUCUUUUACUACAUCAGAGAACACACACAGGAGAGAAGCCAUUCUCAUGCCCAGACUGUGGGAAGUGUUUUUCCAAUAGCUCCCAUCUUGCUAGACAUCAGAGAAUUCAUACAGGAGAGAAGCCAUUCUCCUGUUCUGACUGUGGAAAAUGUUUUACCAAUAGCUCCUAUCUCAUAAUACACCAAAGGAUACACACAGGAGAGCGACCAUUCUCAUGUUCUGACUGUGGUAAAUGCUUUACUAAUAGCUCCCAUCUUGCUAGGCAUCAGAAAACUCACUCAGAUGAAAAAACAUUAUAAUAUUCUCGGUGUGACAUGUAUUUCACUUAAAUGAACACUUCAAGCACCCUAACCACUAAAGAGUUCCAGCCAUUAUAUAAUGAUUUCACUUGUACCUGGGGUACGCCAUGUGCCUCCCCCA